AUGGGCGCAAGAGUAGCACGCAUAUUUAGGAACUUUAAUUUAGAGAAUCGCGCUUAUCGAGAAAUAAGCAAAUCAAAACCAUUAGCAGCACCGCGACAUCCAACAGCAGUAUGUGUUUCUGUGCCAGACACAAACAUCACAAAAGACAUUCACCAGAGGAAUGAUCCACUUCUGUCCAUGCUGAAGGAUGUGUAUGUGGAGUCUAAAGAUCCUGUGAUGCAGGGUGAAGCAGUUGAUGCGGUUAAGAAGGUCGAGCAGGAGACCGAGCGCAAGCUGCUGAAGUUCAGUCUACCGGGUGACCCCUAUGGUAUCUGUGAUAUUACUGAUGUUCCAAAAGGCAAACUGUCCCUCGUAGAAGUUUUAACUGCCCUGAACAAUCACAAAAGCAUGCCUAAAACAUGGACUCUGGAGAAGCUGGCACAGGAAUAUUCUCUUGACCCAAAAGAUGCCAAAGCACUGGCAGAUUUCUUUAUUCCCUUUGAUGUCAAAAUUAUUCCACCCAAGUCGGAUGAGACUAAACGGAUCAAGGAUUCUUAGCACUCAUAUGAACUUCGUCCUAUAGACUCAAGCAAUCUUGGAAACACGCACAAUGUGUAGUUGCCUAAAAACUUGUGUUUUGACAUUCUGAUAGGACUGUGGUUUUAUUAUGUUUUAUAGGGCAUGCUAUAACUAUUUAAUAAUUUGGUGUCUCAUUUAAGCAUGGCUUAUCCAUUACGUUCAUCUUCUAAUUUAACAUAAAUUAAAUUAAUAAUUCACCCAAAAAGAAAACUAUUUCCUUUGAUCAAAAAAAUUUCUUUUAAAUCCUGUUAAAAAAAAAAUAAAAAAUCUAUAUUAACU